AUGUCACAGAAUCGACCUGGGUUAUUCCCAACCUUGCGCAUGGGUGAGGUUGUCCGCGAAAAGGUCCAAGAUGGCCUGACCGGCGAGCACAAGGAAAUAUCCUACACACAGUGCAAAAUCGUUGGCAAUGGCUCUUUCGGUGUCGUCUUUCAAACCAAAAUGUCCCCUAGCGGUGAGGAUGCGGCCAUCAAGAGAGUACUUCAGGACAAGCGAUUCAAGAACCGAGAGCUUCAGAUUAUGCGGAUUGUCCGCCAUCCUAAUAUCGUUGAACUGAAGGCCUUCUACUAUUCCAACGGCGACAGGAAAGAUGAAGUGUACCUCAACCUGGUGCUGGAAUAUGUCCCAGAAACCGUUUACCGGGCCUCACGCUACUUCAACAAACUCAAGACAACAAUGCCGAUGCUCGAGGUGAAGCUUUACAUCUACCAGCUCUUCCGGUCGCUGGCCUACAUCCACUCACAAGGAAUCUGCCAUCGUGACAUCAAACCUCAGAACCUUCUUCUCGACCCUAAUACCGGUAUCCUGAAGUUGUGCGAUUUUGGUUCCGCCAAGAUUCUGAUCGAGAAUGAACCUAACGUCUCCUACAUCUGCUCUCGUUACUACCGAGCUCCGGAGUUGAUCUUCGGUGCCACCAACUACACAACCAAGAUCGAUGUAUGGUCGACUGGUUGUGUGAUGGCGGAACUGAUGCUGGGACAACCCCUCUUCCCUGGUGAAUCGGGAAUUGACCAGCUGGUGGAAAUCAUCAAGGUUCUUGGUACUCCAACCCGUGAACAGAUUCGUACAAUGAAUCCCAAUUACAUGGAACACAAGUUCCCUCAGAUCAAGCCGCAUCCCUUCAACAAGGUAUUCCGGAAGGCACCCCCGGAGGCCAUCGACUUGAUUUCUGCUCUUCUGGAGUACACGCCUACACAGCGACUGUCAGCGAUCGAGGCGAUGUGCCACCCCUUCUUCGAUGAGUUGCGGGAUCCAGCCACCAAAUUCCCGGAUUCUCGUCAUCACAACAACCCCGACAAGGACCUUCCCAGCCUCUUCGACUUUUCGCGGCAUGAACUCUCGAUCGCACCCACACUCAACAACCAACUUGUUCCCCCUCACGCCCGUCCGGCUCUGGAAGCACGCGGCCUCGACAUCAACAACUUGAAGCCUCUUUCCAAGGAGGAGAUGAUGGCCCACCUCGAUUGA